AGCACUCCAAGAGGCUUUCUACUUUGGAUUCUAAUCUGUUUGGGUAAGCGAGCUAUAAGAUCAACUACGAUGAUUUAUCUUAUGACACAAACUUUCUCUUCUGGAAACUCAGGGGGUUCGCCUGAGAUAAUGAAGCUCUGCCAGACACUACAGUAUAAUUAGCAUGACCUCCCCAAGACAUGAGGGCAGAGGCAGUGCUGUCUUUCUUCCUCAUUCUUGCACCAUCUCUGAGUGGAUUUCCAGAUUUCUUCAGUUAUCUGAGUGCUCCGAGUGAGGAAGAAGUCAUUGGAAGACUCGAUGAGGAUGUGAUUCUCCCUUGCUCAUUUAAGAAUGGGUCUGAGGUUGUAAUUCACUGGAAGAAUCAAGAAACCCACACUAUUUACUCAUACUUCAAAGGCAGUGACCAUUUGGAAAAGCAAGAUCCCAGGUACACAAACAGGACAUCCCUCUUCCAUGCUGAAAUUCACAAUGGGAAUGCCUCCCUAUCUAUUAGAAUAUUAAGGCUUCUGGAUGAAGGAAUUUAUAUCUGCUAUGUGGGAACAGCGUCUGGAAAAACCACAAAGAAAGUGGUAUUAAAGGUGGGAGCUUUUGUCACACCUGUGAUGAAGUAUGAAAAGAGGAACAUGACCAGCUUCUUAACAUGCAGUGUGCGAAGUUACCCUCAUCCAAGUAUCACAUGGCAAGGGGACGAGACACCUAUCUCUGAAAGCACUCUGGAAGAAAUCGAGUCUUCGGGGUGUUUUCAUAUUUACAGUACAGUGACUAUUACAGGAUCAAAUUCAUCUUAUGAAUGUGCUAUUGAAAAUUCAUUGCUGAAGCAAACAUGGACAGGACAAUGGACAGUGAAAGAUGGCCUUCAUAAAAUGCAAAGUGAACACAUUUCACUCUCAUGUCAACCUGCAAGCAACAUUUCUCUACCAAAUCAAAACUUCAGAGUCACUUGGUCCAGAGUGGAAAGUGGGAAUUCCUCCAUCCUGGCUUACUUUCUGAGCUCCUCACGAAAUACGAUUAUCAAUGAACCCCGAUUUUCAUGGAACAAAGAGCUAAUAAACCAGAGUGACUUCUCCUUGACUUUGAGGGAUCUUAGAGUUUCAGACAGUGGGGAAUACUUGUGCAAUAUUUCUUCAAGCAAUUAUACUUUACUCACCAUCCAAACACUGCAUGUAGAACCGAGUCAAAAAAGAGAUAUCUGGAAAAUUCUGCUUCCAGUGAUGAUUCUGGUGAUUGGGGUGAUUCUGGUGCUUUUAGUAUUUUACAAAGACCCUGAAUCAAGAAGAUUCUGCCAUUUCUGCAAAGCAUGGGAUCCUGUCUCCUCUGAUGAGAAUGCUCGUAAUACAGAAAACAGGGAUCUUUGAAAACAGCCAGCCAGUACAAGAAAUGAAACAGGACUGUGACAACACAUCACAAGCGUCCCUAAGAUCCAGUGACUUCACAUCCUCUGUCUUCACUGUGAUUCCAGCAACGGCCAUCAGGACCUGACAGUUCUACCCUCGCAAAGACUUGUAACCAUUCUCUUCUCCAGUGUCACAUUCACUCUUCAAGACUUAAGCAUCAUUCACUGACCCUCUACCUGCAUCAAGGUUAUAAAUGCCUGGAUGUCCAGAAUUCCAAUUCAACUUAGAAAAGAACUGUCUCAUUCAUUGACAUACUACCUCAAUCAGCCCAGGAGGCUACAGUGACAUUUUCCCCAAGAACUCGGAAGGAAUGUAUCACUAAGAGUUGAUUCAAAAUCUGAUCCACUAAUGAUGAGUGAGAGAGCAGGUAGGAGCAGAAGUCACCAUAGUGAAAAGGUGAAAAACCAGGGCCUGGAAACCAAGGUGGUUGAUUUGCUAAGGGACUGUACUCUAGUUUUGGUUAUAUCAGCUUAACCAACUAGAUCUACUUUGGUGAGUCUUAUGUACCCAGGGAGCAGGAAUGUCAGUAGUUCUAAACUGCCUAGGGCCAAGAGCCCUGUCAACUCAGGAACUGACAUCUCUGGGGUUGAGUUAGACCUUCCAACACCAGGUUUGCAUAGCUGAGUGACCCUAGCUAUGAAGAUAAUUUGGUUCACUCUUCUGGCUCACUUGUCAUAUUGUUAAUCUGCCUUCUAAUAAAUUUAGACAUUUUUAUUAAAUUUAGAUUUAUUUUUAUUAAAUUUAUAUUUUUAAAAUUUCUAUUAAAUUUUUAUGCAAGGGGAGAAUGGAUAGCCCAGCUGACUUGAUCUGUUCGCCUUAAUUUUAAUCAUCCAUUUAUAUAGAAAAAGUCUAACCAGGAUUUUUGUGACUUAUUCAAUCAAGUUUUGGAACCUAGAGUUUACAGGAGAAAACCAACCCUGAAUUGUACGUUAGUGCUGGCUGGUCCAGUUUUCUCUGUCAGCUGGCCUUAACGUCACAAUCUCAUACCUUGUACAUAGUUUUGUUUUUGCUGAUUCUAUUUGCUACAAUGUUGUGACAGGUUUUCAUCAUAAACUGUCAAGUAUUGAGGAUGGUAUCGUAAAGAAAAACUUUUAAAGGGACAUAGGACACUUUGUGAGGAGAAAAUGCUCAGAACUGCUGUAGUCUUCUUACAAUGAUGAGGGGUACAAAUUUAAAAACAAAACCAACACAUUGAGGAUGGCAGACAAGAAAGAAUCUGGGUCCUUCCAUGUUGUUGAGUUGAUCUUAGAGCCACCUGUAUGAGUCGGGGUUGGAUCAGAGAGGCAGACUGUUGAGAAUAAGGAUUUAUUAUGGGGAUUCAACCUUACACAACUGUGAGUACUGGUGAAGAAGUGGAUGCCAGGCUGUCCCCUCUGCAUCUGCUGCUGGACCUGAAGUCACUGUAGGUCCUCUGGGGCAACCAUAAGGAAGGAGAGCUGGACAUGGAGUUGAGGAUGACCUGGAAUCCAUACGAACAAACUGGAACCCACACCUGUCUCCCAGGGCCUCCCAGGUCAAUGCUGUGGGUGACCUGCAACAGAAGCUGGUGCCCGUUGCCAUGGAGCCACACACACGCCUGGCCAGAACCGUGAAGCUGAAGGAGGAAACUGACAGGAGCUGGAAGAGCUGCUCGUCCAGGAAGCCGUUGCUGAUUUCUGCUAGCUCACCUUUUUUGGCCAGGGGUAUUAUUUUCCAGCUGUCAUGGUGUCUGGGGCCAUACACUGACCUUAUGAGCAUAUAAUAAACAGCUGCUCCUUCACUUCUGCCUCUCAAAUCUGGUGCAAAUUUCUCUUGUGACAAACUCCAAUCCAGAACCACAGAGAGAAAAGAAUUCUGGGAAAUGUCCCUCCAGUUUGGCUAAAUUGGCACAAUACAAGCCAGGAUAACACCUAUCAUUGAACUCAAUGUCUUGUGUGAGAAACUGCUUCAGUGUUUAUGGUCUGCACCAGCACGCAGCCUACAUGUGUGUUGAUUAGGAGAGUUUACCUACAAGUUCAAAGUGCCUAACUGUAAUUACAUGUAAAUAACAACACUAAGAUAAAAGUUUAUCAACUCCCACCAUUAGUGGCUAAAAAUGUAGACUCAUGGAGGUAGGGAUGAGUUGAGCAAAGUUCACUAACUUCAGCAAUAACCAUUUACCAACAUGCCCUAUCCCCAUGGACCACGACUGCUCUAAGGAUGCCUUCUGUGAGUAUUACUCAUUAAGAUGCAAUAUGAACAAAAGAACAAGUAUUCAUUUAUUUUUUUAACUUCCCAAGUUUGAAAGAUUCUUGGAUCUAUUUAAUCUUUCAUGUGAAAUGUUUGCUUGUGUUUGAGGAUCACAAAAUCCCCAUUAACCUUGGAAACAACAAUACUUCCUUUAACUACUACAUUUUUCUAAUCUCCUUGUUUAAACUGCUUUUCACCUAACAUAAAAACAUGGUUUUUUUUUUAAUGUUUGUUUCAAAUGCAACUUGAGUUUUUGGCCAUAAAAUGGUGCCCUCCUGGUACGUCUCCAGCCACUGUCCUUCAUAAGCGAGGGCUGCUUAUUCUUCAUGAACCUGAAAAACAGGGUAUCAGUGUGUUCUGUGAGAUCCCUGUGACUUACACCAGUGGAGCACAUGCCUAGAACCAAGCCCAGUCUUUUCCAGAGAUAAGCAGGCCUUAGCCAGCUCUUCAUUAGCUUCAAAGGGAGGCAGGGAAUCACGGCAAUUAUCCACAUUAUAGAAGGCAGACCCCGUAAGUCACCCCAAGGGCAAGCUCGGUCACUCUCAAUUUUUCUACUCCCCUUGCCUUGCUGGCGAAGGCAGUGCCUUCUACAGAACACCCCAUGGGGGAAAGACUGUGGCCACAUCACCAGUUUGCCCCACAGCCCUGACCUAAUUCCAUCAGAAAACCUUUUCCUAAUGACAGUUGAGGGAUUUUCAGGCUUUCCUUUUGUGAAUGGGCAACAAUUAGUCAUUGCACUGCCAAGGACGGUUUUCCUAUUCAUCUCUGGCCUCUCAGAAGCAAUUUCUGCUUCACUCAUUCUAUUCUUUGUGGAAACAACUGUGACAAAGUCGAAUGCAUUACAUCUGUUUUGGAGGCUCUUCGACCUCCUGCAGCUGAGUGCAGUCGCAGCACGUGUGAGGUGUUCUCCUAAACAAAGCCAUUCUGUGGGGCUGCUGAGCUGGCUCUGCACAGAAGACCCCAGACCCAAUGCCAGAACGCUUCUCAAAUUGAGGCCAGCGUUCAGUCCACAUAACUGGACCUCUCCAUCUAGGCCUGAUCCCUGAGACAGCUAUCCAGGCAUCAAUAAGAAGUCUCUGGAGUCUGCCAAUGGCUUGUGUUUCUCAUUUAGAUCUAAAUAUAUUCACUAUAACCAACUUUAGUUUCUCCUUCAAAGGAGAUCCUUUUGACCUCUGUUAAGGUAGUAUUUAUUAUUGGCAACCCUAUCUACUUAUCUUGCAGGGUGACUAGUAAUUCACUUAUAAUAAAUUAGAAAGAGGACCAGGCAUCUACCAAAUUUUUAAAAAAGAAAUGAUGGUGCCUACUGUAGUAGGCAUUGUGCUAAGUGCUUUAUAGGCUUUCCUUGAAGGCUAUCCAAUCUCCUUUAAUUCUCCUGUACUAAAGCAAGAUCUCAUUGAAAAACUGUGUUCCUGGGAAAUCCAAGCGAGGAAGCUGAGGCUUCUGUGACUGCUAUGGUCUAAAUGUGUCCCCCCAAAUUCAUGUGUUGAAAUCCUAACCCCCACAGAGAUGGUAUCAGGAGGCAGGGCCUUUGGGAGGUGAUUAGGUUAUGAGGGUGAAGUCCUCAUGAGUGGGAUUAGUGCCCUUAGAAAAGAGACUCCAGAGAGCUUCUUCCCCUCUUUCCACUACAUGAGGUCACAGCGAGAAGAAGAUGAUCUAUGAGGAAAUGGCCCUCAACAGAUCUUCCAGCACCAUGAUCCUGGCCUUCCCAGCAUCUAGAACUGUGAGAAAUAAAUGUUUGCUGUUUAUAAGCCUCCUAGUCUCUGGUGUAUUGUUAUAGCAGCCUGAGCAGACUAAGACACUGGCCCUGCCAAGCCUACAGUUCAGUGU